AUGGAAGGGUCGAAGUCACCCACUUGCACCACGCAGGUCAGCUUUGUUUGCCAGCGUUGCAGCCAGCCCCUGAAACUGGACACUUCUUUCAAGGUCCUGGACAAAGUCACCAUUCAAGAGCUGACAGCUCCUCUACUUACUGCUACUCCAUCAAAACCAGGGGAUGCACAAGGGGAAGAGACAACUUUGACAGAGGAAGCCUUUGUUGAAAACCGCCAGGAUGGCGUGUCCAGAAGAUUUAUUCCUCCUGCCAGCCAGCCAACUGGGGCCCCAAAUACAAAUCUGUUAUGUGAUGGGGAAGAUUUAGACAAACCUCAGCAGGCUUUGCUCAUAAGAUAUGGAAGGAUGAUGUCAACAGAGAGUGCUAACAGUUUCACUCUGAUUGGAGAGGCCUCUGAUGGAGGCACCAUGGAAAACCUCAGCAGAAGACUCAAGGUUACAGGUGACCUGUUUGAUAUCAUGUCUGGGCAGACUGACGUGGAUCACCCUCUGUGCGAAGAAUGUACCGACACUCUUCUGGACCAGCUGGACACACAGCUAAAUAUCACUGAGAAUGAAUGUCAGAACUACAAGCGAUGCUUGGAAAUUCUGGAGCAGAUGAAUGAGGAUGACAAGGAGAAGCUGCAGCUGGAGCUAAAAGAACUUGCUUUUGAGGAGGAGAGGUUGAUUGAGGAGCUGGAGGAAGUGGAGCAGAAACGCAGAACAAUGGCUGAGGCCUUUGAGAAGGUCAGGGCUGAGGCAGAGCGGCUGGAUCAAGAGGAAGUGGAGUACCAGAAGGAGUACAGCGAAUUCAAGCGCCAGCAGCUGGAACUGGAUGAUGAGCUGAAAAGUGUUGAUAAUCAAAUGCGCUAUGCCCAAAUGCAGCUGGACAAGCUAAAGAAAACCAAUGUAUUUAAUGCCACUUUCCAUAUUUGGCAUAGCGGGCAGUUUGGCACCAUAAACAACUUCCGUCUGGGCCGCCUCCCCAGUGUCCCUGUGGAAUGGAAUGAGAUCAACGCAGCCUGGGGACAGACUGUGUUGCUUCUCCAUGCUCUCGCCAACAAAAUGGGCCUGACCUUUCAGAGAUACCGCCUCAUCCCAUACGGGAACCACUCUUAUUUGGAGUCCCUCACAGACAAAUCCAAGGAAUUGCCCCUUUACUGUUCAGGCGGCUUGCGAUUUUUCUGGGACAACAAAUUUGACCAUGCCAUGGUAGCCUUCCUGGAUUGUGUGCAGCAGUUCAAAGAGGAGGUGGAAAAGGGUGAGACGCGCUUCUGUUUGCCUUACAGGAUGGAUGUAGAGAAGGGCAAGAUUGAAGACACGGGCGGAAGUGGCGGGUCGUACUCUAUUAAGACACAGUUUAACUCCGAGGAGCAGUGGACGAAGGCACUCAAGUUCAUGCUGACCAACCUGAAGUGGGGCCUGGCCUGGGUCUCCUCACAGUUCUACAAUAAAUGACUUGUGAGCAAAAGGGGGGAGGGAAUCUCUCUCGGAGCAGAUCCGCAGUUUGCUUUAAGGCUGCCAAAAGCAGAAUUUGUCAUGUAACCUCAUUACACCGUGACUAUACAACCAAAAAUAUCUGUAAAGGUUUCAAAAAAUCUCACUAUCAAGUAUGAAACAAAAUGGCUGGAUUGUCUCUGCCAUGACAUUGUGUCUCAGCAGCAGGAAGGAGGCUGGGCUCAGAAAAGGAGACGUAGCCCUUUCUGAGAAGCUGUGGCCUAAUUAGUGCUGGCAGUCCGGUCGCUGCACAGAGAUGCACAAGCAAAACAAAAGCAAAUAAAACCCAGUUUGUAACCUGGAAA